AUGUCAUUUUUCAGAGAUUUAUUAGAAUCAGUUGUUCCAACUGCUUAUGCUGAAGAACCAGUUGAAGACGUAGAAGUUGAACAACCAGAAGAUGCUCCAGAAGAAGAAGUUUCCGAAGAAACUGUUGAAGAAGAAGAAGAUGAUGAUGAAGAUGAUGAUGAAGAUGAUGAAGAAGAAGAAGAAACUGCUGACCCAUUGGAUACUUUGCGUGAAGAAUGUACCAAGACCGCUGCUUGUAAGCCAUUUGAUCACCAUUUCCACGAGUGUAUUGAGAGAGUCACCAAAGAACAAGAAGAACCAGAUUAUGAACACAAACACUACAAAGAAGAUUGUAUUGAAGAGUUUUUCCAUUUGCAACACUGUGUAAACGAUUGUGUUGCCCCAAGAUUAUUCAACAGAUUGAAGUAA